AAGUGAAAUUUUCCUCAUUUACCAAUCUCUUGUGCCACCAAGGAGCCCCCCGAUGUGAAGAGAAUGGGGUGGAAUAGAGGUGUGAGAAGAGGAUAGGCUAGCCCACAAACCCCAAUAUGAGAGAGACAAGGUGACACAAUUGAGGUGUACAAGAUUUGCUGGAUAGUUUUCUGGAAAGUGUGUGAUUUUAUAAAAGUAUAUAUAAAAGUUCAAAAUGCGGUCCUCCAAUUCGCCUACAAUUCGAUCUCGCUACGAUUUCUACUACGCCAUUUCACCACCCUCCUCUGCCUCCAACUACUAUGACAAUCACAGCGGGAGUCUCUUUGGGGAUCCCGUACCACCGCCCCCAGCGGGAUUCCUGGAGAAUCUCGAUACGUAUUUGUAUGGAAACCUGAGACGUGGUUCAAGUGCAAUGGCUACUUUUGGAGGUCAUCAGCUAUCAGAGUUCUCAGCUAGUGAUUUCAGAAGAGCGUCAGCAUCUAAUCUGACCGAAUCUGAAAUCACCAGUGAUGCCAGGAGAUUUAGUGAUCUCAGCGAGGGAUCUCAUAUGCCACGACAAAUAACUUCAGCCACUAUCCAAACAUCUUCAUCAUCUUCUGAUCAUCUCUUCGGGCAAUCAACCGUGGCACCCACUGAGUCUCUCCGGUCACCAACGGAGUGGCUCAGUUACAAGACAGCAGCUGAAGAGUGGAGAAGCUCCUUCCCACGAGUUCAGAGUGCCAGAAAUGUGUCAGAGGUCAAUCACGGAAGCGCCAUGACUGCCCUUAUCUUGCCUGAUACUACAUCAUCCUCGAGUGGAGCUGCAACUCAUGUUGAGAACACACCAGAACCACAUCGAGGAAAUUUUGCCAGCAUUCCAGACACACAAAUUGCCUCAGCAACCAGCAGUGACAAUGCAAGUGAUGUCCAGGAGACUGAGAAAGAUCCUGAAAUUCCCUUGGAGCGGACCAAUGGAAUAAUUUCACCCUCACCAGCUAUAAUAACAGACAAAAUCACCACAGGACCUUAUAGGAUUCCAGCCACGCGAAGUGGAACAAAGAGAUCUGCCUUUGCAAUCAUCACUCAACUCUCACCCAACAUUUCGCGACCAGACAGCCCAGAUGGACCUCUCUCAGGUCGCUUUUCACCCUUCCGAAGCCAUGGCUUAAGAGACAUUGGUUCCCGUUCAUCUUCACGUGCAGUAUCACCUUCACGCACUUCGAAAUCCUUAGAGAACUUCCUGGAGCCCCAGAGCUCGAUUUAUGGAGGUGGUCGACGUCCCAGCUUCGACAUUCUAGAUUCACUGCCACGCGAAAUGGAGAGUUACCAAAUCUCUACGGAUAUUCGUCAUAAGACAAUGAUCCAAAUCGCCUCAUCGGGUUCUUCCACCCCUCACCAGAACUUCCGAAACCGCAGCUAUGAAGCCCUAGAUCGAACACCAAGGGCCCGAUCAGGGCUAUCAGCAUCUGAAUCUAUGCGUCACCUUGAGAGACCCAUUUUAAGACGACGCAGCUCCUCAGGGAGCUCAACAAGACUCCCAGUACGGUCCAAAAGUUCCGUACAACGGGGUAUGGUACGAGUUAUGAGUCAGAGUGCUAUGGGUUCUCCUUCACGCAUCCCACGGCCACGAACGUCCAUUGGCAGUAGCCUAGAUAACCUGAAUAGCAGGAGAGGGUCCUCAGUAUCGCCCAUUAGGCGAGAAUCGGUCUCUAGAACGUCUUCCAGACGCUCAGGCAGGCGCCCGAGUGCAAGUAGUCUUCUGCCCGCUGUAACUCUCCUUACGGAUACAAAUCAGAAGGCAAAGGAGAGAAAUUCAAGAUCACCACGACGUCCUGGUGUUCUCAAAGUCACUCCUCUCUCGCCCAUCAUUGGCACGCCAAACAAAGAACCAGAGUCACAAGAAGUAGCAUUCGAGGAAGCCAGAAAUACCACAAUGUCACCCUCGAGAAUCCCAAUACGAUCAAAUAGUAUAACGCGCCCUAUUUCACGUUCCAAUACAACUUUGGGAGUAACGACAACCACCCAAAAGACUCAGGGAUCCCCACAGACGGCUUCUAGGGACGCCAGUCCAGGGAAGUCAUCGGCAAAGGCCACAUCUAAAUCCCCAAGUAAAAAGUCCCAAAAGCCCUUUGUUAAAUGCCACGAGGCCAAGAAACCACCCACAGUGAUAAAGAAACCACCCAUUGGGGGUGGUCCUGCUGACAAGAAGGCUGUGACGAAGACCACCAGAAAAAUUGAGACAGUGGCCAAAGUGAAGAAGACAGAAUCUGCGGCUGAUGCCAAGAAAUCCGUGAAGAAGACGCCAAGUUUUCGGAAGGAAAUUGCAAAUGGGACAGUGAAGAAGGAGCCAGCAAGUACGAAAAAAGAACCAUCAGUAGCAAAAAAGGAGCCAUCAAGUGCUCGACAAGAGACCUCAUCAGCCACCAAAGAAACUCGUGGUAGGGUAAGCAGAGAAAAUUCAGGAUUGAAUAGGACCAAAGGACCUCCCAAGUUGGAAAAGAAAGCAAGUUUUCGCGCGGAAAAACCACAGGCCAAAGUUAUGGAGGAGGAUAGUGUAGAAAGUGAGGAUUUAGUGAAUACUGAAGGCUCAGAGUCUCCAGAUAAAUUCCAAAAACUCAUUCCUCUCACAAAACCCAAUGUUGUCUCAAUGACAACAGCAGCUAUAGCUUCUCAACCAGUUCAGAUCACCACAACACUCACUAAUCAACUAUCAACUCCCAAAAUUUCCGAAGAAGUUGAGAAUAAAGAUAUUCAUCCAGCUGCAAUUCUCGAGAAAUCCCAGAAAACUCUAGAAACAAUCCAGAAAACAGUCAAUGAAGCCACUGAAGAGAUUCAUAAAACCAUCACGGAAAAUCUCACGGAUCUUAAGACCCUAGAACAGGACAUCCAGAAGGCAGAUUGUGCUAAAGAGGAAGAACAACCGGAAAAAGAAAAACCCCAAAUGACAAAGAAAGAAAGUUCGAGAAAACUGCAGGAAGUUUGUGAAAGAAUUGCUUCUGAAACAUCAGUGGUGGGAAAGAUGACUCAGGAUGGCAAGAAGACCCCUAAAGAAAGCCUUUCCAAGCAACCAAGUUCACAGACACUUGCCAAAACCACCAUCACAGAAGCGAUACCGGAAGUUGAGAGUAAUAAUAACAACAAUAACAACAACAAUGAACCGACCAAGGACAUGCCGCCGAUUGAUGUGGCAAUUUCGGUUGUUGAGACAAACAACAACAAUCCAGUAACAGAAACAGUCAACAACAAUUUAGGAGAUGGAGCAAGUGAAGAGAAGAUUAGCGAGAGGGCAAUUUCAGCCUUGCCAGAAGUUGAACUCGAGAGUGGGAACUUUCAGCAGUCACCAGCAGUUCAACAGGACAUUGCACAAGUCAGCCCCGAAACAGCCAAGAAUACCAAUGGAACGAGCUCACCUGGAGAAACAGCUGAGGAGAGUUCGGUGAAGGAGUCCAAAGCCCCGAGUCGAUGUUGCAGAUGCUCCACGUGCUGCCUUCCGUGUAGAAAGUUGCUUUGCUGUCGGAAACAACCAAAGACGUCCACGCCACCACCAGUACCUCCAAGGGACACUUUGGAAACAGUCAACGAGAAAACUUCUCGGUGGAACUGUUGCAAGAGGAAGAAGAAGGAUAAAGAGGCCAAGGAAGCAAAAGAAGAAAAGAUUGAGAAGAAGCGAGCCAAAAAAGCCGAGGAAGUGCCUAAAAGUGACGAGGAUUCUCCCAAAUCCCAAAAUUGCUGCCGUGCUUGCCUAAAUCGUGUUCUGUGCUGUCGCUCAACCAACAAGAUUGACAGUCACCAACGGAUGAUUGAGGCAGAUCAGGAGCCCAAGAAAACUUCCAAGUGCUGUUCCUGUCUUCCGUGUCGACGUCAACGAAAGAAAUCCGACGCCUCAACUGUGUCAACGUGGGCAGAACGACAACCCAGUGAGAUGGAGCCCAAAGCACCUGGAUGCUGUUCCCGAUUCUGGCGAUGUCUAUGCUGCUGCUGUUGCCGCAGGAAAGAAGAUGCCGAAAGUCGCCGAACAAGUCUCAACAGCAAAAAAGCCAGCAUUGCUCCAGCUCCGGUUGAGGAGAAGCCAAAACUGGAUUUAUCUCUAGUGGAACAUUCUUCCCUGAUGAAAGCCGCCAUUCCCGUAAUGCAUCCGUGUUUAGCCUGGUUCUGCCUUAUCUGCAACUGCCUUGUGCCUGGUUUGGGCACUGUCUUCUCAGGACUUUUCUGUCUAUGCCUCGGAACACCACGUUUCUCACAGCACGAUGGCUUCCGGGCGCGUAUUGGCACCUUUCUGAUUGACAUUAUCGUCGGACCUGCCCAAGCCUUUACGGUGCUCUUCUGCCUCGUUGGCUGGGGAUGGUCUAUCUGGUGGGGCACAAUUAUGGUUCGCCUCGCGAAGAAACGCAAAAAACUGAGAAAGGCACAAAAAGAUGAGGAAGCUGCUGAAGCCGCCACAAUUAGCAGCCGAUCACAGCAAGCUCCCGUUCUUCCCAUGGGAGCUUCCCCAGCUGCUCAGGCAGCCACCGAAACUUCUGCCCCUGUCGAACCCUAAUUCCGGCCCGAAAGAAAACUAUCCCACACGGGAAAGUAUUCUGAAACAAGACAUUUUUUCAUAUUUUUAUAAUUCAAAAAAGAAAAAAGAACAAAAAAUCUUGUUUUUCUUUUUUUUUUAAAUAAUUAAUAGAUGUAAGAAAAACUUUAUUAUGUAAAAAGAAAGUAUAGACAACGUGUAUAAAUAAUCUUUGUAAAUUUUUACCGAAAUAGUGAAACACAACUUUUAUCACAUCAAUUGCAAAAUCUUUACCCCACAGAAUUAUCAUAUAAAAAAAAAAGAAAAAUUGUAACAAUUGUUAUAAAACUUGGAAUAAUGGUGCAAUGUCGUUGCUAGGAAAAAAACUGGGAAGACGAAUAAAAUGUUUUCAGAAGGAAAAUCUAA